GAAGAAAUAGAGGCUGGAGCCAGACUGAAGUUUACAUGGCCAGAGAUGUGAUGUUUUUCUGACGUCGAAACAGGGAGUUCUUUCCCAUUUUUUAAAGAUGGGUGCUAAUGCAUCCGCCUUGGAGAAAGAGAUCGGGUCAGACCAGUUUCCCACCAAUGAGCAUUACUUCGGAUUAGUCAACUUUGGGAACACCUGCUACUGCAACUCGGUCCUCCAGGCGUUGUACUUCUGCAAGCCGUUCAGGGACAGGGUCCUGGGCUACCGGGCGCAGCCCAAGAAGAAAGAGAACCUACUGACCUGCCUCAGCGACCUCUUCAACAACAUCACCACGCAGAAGAAGAAGACUGGCGUCAUCGCACCCAAGAAAUUCAUCGGCAGGUUACGAAAAGAAAAUGAGGUGUUUGACAACUACAUGCAACAGGAUGCACAUGAGUUCCUCAUCUAUCUACUAAACACAAUAGCUGACAUCUUAUCUGCCGAGAGGGCAGCAGACAAGCAAGUGAGCAAACCCAACAGCAAAGUCAGCACGCCCAAUGGCUCCCUAAGCAACAACAACGACCACCACCAUCAGAAGAAUGAACCAACGUGGAUCCAUGAAAUCUUUCAAGGCACCCUGACCAAUGAGACAAGAUGCCUCUGCUGUGAAGGGGUAAGCAGUAAGGACGAGGACUUCUUAGACUUGUCUGUUGAUGUGGAGCAGAACACAUCCAUCACCCACUGUCUCAAAGGGUUUAGUAACACGGAGACACUCUGCCAUGAAUGUAAAUACUAUUGUGAGACGUGUUGCAGUAAACAGGAGGCUCAGAAAAGGAUGCAAGUGAAGAAACUGCCUCAGAUCCUUGCCUUACACCUGAAGCGCUUCAAGUACAUGGAGCAGGUCCACCGCUACACCAAGCUGUCCUACCGCGUUGUAUUCCCGCUGGAGCUCAGGCUCAUGAACACGUCUGAUGAUGCAACCAGCCCAGACAAGCUGUAUGAUUUGGUUUCUGUUGUCAUCCACUGUGGAAGUGGGCCCAACAGAGGUCAUUACAUCACCAUCGUCAAAAGCCACGGCUUCUGGCUGCUAUUCGACGAUGACCUUGUAGAUAAAAUUGACGUUUCUAACAUCGAGGAGUUCUACGGACUUGCAACGGAGGUCCAAAAGACAUCAGACUCGGGGUAUAUUCUCUUCUACCAAGCGAGAGAUCUCUAGCUCAGACAGCAGGUUCACCCACGUCUUUGUAUAAGGUAUCCAUUUUAUUACUUUCUGUUGUAUAGGUCUGUCGAAAGGAAAUGAAGGCUUUGAAAUAAAGACAAAGCUCGA